CCCUAGUUGCACUGCACCCAUCUCCCUGCAUAUAUAUUGUGGGCACACGAACGCGUCUGCAUGUGUUAUGACUGGUUAGUGGUGUUAGUAGUGUUAGUGAGUGAGGUGAGGACGGUGAGCAUGAGGAGGUGGAGUUGUAAGGAGUUGUGAGUGCAGUAUAUCGAGUGUGUGUAGUGGUAUAUUUAACAGUUGGCGAGAAAUCGCUCAGUUUUACUCAUAGAAGAUUGCACAACAAUUUGUCAUUAUCCAACGGAGAUAAAUUUUAAAUUUAUCAAGAAUGAGUGGAGUAGUCGAGGGAUAAAUAUAUUUCAAUAGACGGUUGGAUUAGGGAGGUGUGGGAGGUGCUUGGAUCGAAGAAUUUUAUUUUUUCCAUGGUUAUAUUGAAAAGAAUAUUGUAUGUGUAUGGGUGUACGUGUACGUGGGCAACAAGGCAUUUUUAUGGCAUGAAUGUGACACAAAGUGGUGUUACAAUGAACAGGUGUUCCUGAUACCACCAAAUUUUUUAAUAAAAAUAUAUUACGCCUCCGAUACAAUCAAUAAUAUUUUGCCGUGAAAAUUAGUAUUGUGGAAUAAUUUUAAUCCAUUUAUAUUCAGCUUUGGAUGAAAGUUUCACAUCGGAUUAUCUCAUAGUUCUGAUAAUCAAUUCUUAAUUGCUGCUCAUUCCAUUCAAAAUGUCAAAAAGCAAACUUCAUCAUAAUCAACAUCUUAUUGAUAGCGACGUCAUUCCUGUUAAGAGUAAAUUUGAUGCUGACAUUAUAAGAUUUUCUAUAAAGAAAAAUGAACAAAUGCAGUAUGAGGUUUUUUGGAGACUACUUGCUGAAAAACAUGAGUUGGGUGAAGAAGAAAAUUUUUUAAUAUGGUAUACUGAUCCCACUGAUGGCGAUUCACUGCCAAUUAAUAAUGACAAUAACUUGGCACGUGCACUGGCAGCGUCGAAGCCAUUAGUCAGAGUAUUCAUAACAAGAAAGGGGAGUGGUGUCGAAGAUGUCAAUGGUUAUGGUACUUUGAAGCCAAAAAACUUGAUUUCAAGUAUAUUGGGUGGCACACCAGGGAAACCAAAGCCACCACUAGCUAUUUCCAAUCCACAUGACUUCCGACAGGUUUCAGCAAUAAUUGAUGUUGACAUUCUCCCUGAGACAUGUAGACGUGUCAGAUUAUUGAAACAUGGUUCGGAUAAACCGUUGGGUUUCUACAUUAAAGAUGGAGAAAGUUUUCGAGUUUUACCACCUUCAGCUGGUGGUGGAAUCGAAAAAGUUCCUGGUGUUUUCAUCAGUCGGUUGGUACCUGGGGGAUUAGCUGAGAGCACUGGACUUCUUGCGGUUAAUGAUGAAGUAUUAGAAGUUAAUGGGAUUGAGGUAGCUGGAAAAACAUUGGAUCAGGUAACGGAUAUGAUGAUUGCAAAUUCUUCAAAUUUGAUAAUCACGGUAAAACCAGCGAAUCAACGUGCUGCCAUGGCAGCUCCCAGACGUGGCUCCUUCUCCAGGAACAGCCAGCUAUCAUCUGGAAGCCAUCAAUCUACCCAAAGUGUUACUGGUAGUGCCAGUGAUGAGGAAGCUGAUGAGAUUGUAGAUUUUACUCAUGUUCACCAGCCGAAUCAUUUCAGUCAUGAUCAAACUGGAGGAGUGUUGCACCUGUGAGAUUACUAAUUUCCUUGGUUUAUGACUCGUGUGAGUAUAAGUACAUGGAGUUGAAUUUCAAAAUUAAUUUAUACCACUUUCUAUGCACUUUUAUUUCAUAUUGGGCUCUUUUUAUAUAAAGAGUGCAAUCGAAGUGCCUUAAAAUACAAAAUUUUGAAACAAUUGAAAUAAAAAAUAUAGAGACAAGGAAAAUCAAAGUAAAAUAAGACCAAAGCAGUGGGUGAAAGAAAAAUUGAUCAUUAAAAGUCAGUGAUCAUCGUACUGUGUGUUACAUUGCAUACGGCAACGUCAAAUCCGUCACAAAAAAUCGUAUCAACUUAAAUAAAUCGAUAUUCAAUAGUUAUACUCUUAAUUGCAGAUGUUUUUUUUGGGGCAGCUAUUGAUCAUUACAAGUAUUAAGAAACGUAUGAGCAUGAAUUUAUAAAUAUGGGCGACAGUACUUAAUUUGCUCGAAAAAUGUCAAGUGUACUUAAUUAGUGUAAUACCGUUUGUGGACUUUUUCCCACUCUCGAUUAAAUAUCGCUUGAAUUGAGGAGAAUUAUUUUCCAUUGUUAAAUUAUCAUAGCUAUUGGGAACAGUAUUUAACAAUCACGUCCGAAUAAAUCGUAUAACGGAUUUUUAUAUUGAUAUUAUUAUUGACAAUGUAAAUAAUCCAUAAACCAUGUUAAUUCAUCGUAUAUUUUUUUUUCUCAAAUGAUACCAAUUCAACGCAGACUAAUAAGCGAAGAAAGAUUGUAUAUAGAUUACUACGGAGGAAUGACAACACUUGCAUUGAAUCAAGUCAAUAGCACGCUGAUGAAUUCAUUAGAAAAAAAAAUGAUUCUAUAUUUUUUCCUAUCAGUGUUUUUACAAUCGAAAAUCCCAAUUUUAUUGAUUGAAUCGUAAUUGAUGAAGUACUCCUGUGUAUAUCAUUCUACUUGACUAGAGUAUGAUAAAUUUAUUUAAUUUUGGUUUUUCUUAAUUCUUAAUUCCAUCAAUAUUAAUGAGUAAUUUUAACAAUAAUAAUUGAUCAUUUUCUUCCGAAAUUUUGUUGGUAAUAGAAUCCAAACAUGUUUCAACUCUCUUCCUCCUAAAUACAUAAAAGUAGAUAUGAUAUGCCUGAAGUUUACGGUAGUUGAUAAGCAAUUUACUACAUCUCCAAUUAUAAAUUGUAAAAUCCACAUGUACUUGGAAAUUCUGUAUAAUCGAAGGCAAUGAUUUGUGAUUCUUAUCGGUUUACAUUUCGACGAGAUGAAUAAUAAAGGUACUGAAUUUUAUUCCAUAUAUGUAUAGAUGGCUCAUAACAGAUUAUAACACGUUAUUGCAUAUUAAGUAUUAUGGGGGAAUCCUUAUGGAAGGGAAUACUGUGAAUUAGUAGAAGCAUUUUCAACAUUCCAACAACCUGAAAUAUUUUUUUUUCAAUUAUAGUUACAGAAUAGCAUGUUGAGUUGGAAAAAUAAAUGACAAUGGCAGUGUCGACGUAAAUAAUUUUCAUAAAAAUGAUAAUUACUUAAAAUUAUACGUUUGUACAUAUAAUAAUGUUAUACUUGUGAAAGCCACCAUUUCGAAUAAAGAAUAUUAUAUUUUAUAGUAA